AUGGGAGGCCAAAUCUCCAAGAUGAUGGGCAAGAUCUUCGGGUCGAAAGAAAUGCGAUUGUUGAUGCUGGGACUCGACGCUGCCGGAAAGACUACCAUUCUCUACAAGCUCAAGCUGAAUCAGGAUGUUACCACGAUCCCUACGGUGGGGUUCAACGUCGAGACUGUCACGUACAAGAAUGUCAAGUUUAAUGUGUGGGACGUUGGUGGACAGGAUAAGAUCAGGCCGUUGUGGAGACAUUAUUUCAGUGGCACACAAGGACUUAUAUUCGUGAUUGAUUCAUCAGAUAAAGUACGGAUAGACGAGGCGAGACAGGAAUUACAUCGCAUUAUCAACGACCGAGAAAUGAAGGAAUCAUUACUACUAGUCUUUGCCAAUAAGCAGGACAUUCCAGGAGCAAUGAAACCACAAGAAGUAACGGAUGCGCUCAAGCUUACACAACUGAAAGACAAGAUAUGGUUCGUCGUGCCAAGCUGUGCGACAACUGGUGAGGGAUUACUAGAAGGAUUGGCAUGGUUAUCCAACAAUGUCAAAUCUCCACCAGCCGGUGCUUCUCAAGCCAAGAAAUAG